AUGAGUGAUUAUCUAGGUAAUUUGCUGAACAAAGAGUCUGUAUUGGAAUGGCUACUCAGUCCAGACCAUGCGGAGUAUACUUUGCAACAAAUAGACAUGUACAAGCAUAUAAGGAGGCUCAGCGAUGUUGUAGAGUUACGUAAUUUGAUCCGGGAUGGCAGAACUGGUAGGCUAAAAUGUGAAAUAGGGGAGGAAACGUUAGGUUUAUCGAAAAGUUCAUUCAUUUAUCUUAGUAAGUGCGGAGACGUCCUGCCUCGAAAACUGAUUCAAGAGGUUUGUCAAUGUCCCGCAUGUUCCCAAGCAUUUACCACGGAAGAUGUAAUCGUACUUAAUCCAAAGUCUUCAGAAAUAGCAAGACUAGAACAGAGGCUAUGCAAUCUUACCAAAAAUGGCAUCUCACACAGUGGCAAACCGCUAUCACGGAAGAAACGGAAGACUGCAGUAACCUUGGCAAAAGAACCGAAAUGCAAAAAGACAAAAAGAUAUUAG